AUGAGAGUUUCGUUGGCCCUCGCCGUCGUCGUGGUGCUGCUGGGCGUGUGGUGUGUGCACCUGGUGGCCGCCCAAGGUUUCCAGCUGUGCACCUUCACCGAUCCGACCACCAGCAAAAAGUAUGAUCUCACCAACCUGGCCAAGCUCUACACCUCCAAGGCCUCCGCCACCGACCCCGACUCGAGUGGCUGGAAGUACUACAACUCGCCCUGCCAGCCCGUGCGUGGCGAACCGCGGUGCGUUAGCACGGAUGCCAGCACGGCCAUGUGCCAGCAGGACGUCAAAGAUGUCUUCACCCUGGGCGUUCUCAGCAAGGGCACGGUUGGCCCCUGUACGCCCCUACAUGCUCCUCCUCCGGACACCAUUCAUUCUCAUCAAAACUGCACAAUCUUAACGUCGAGGAAUUCUGCUUCAGUGGCCAAUGGUGGCGAGGGCUUCAUGGUGUCGUUCACGGCGGUGAGCACCCGCGGGUCGAAGGUGAGCUACAUCUGCGACGCGAAGGCCGGCGAAGGCAAGAUCAAGUCGACCUACAUUCCACCAUCUGGUAGCCCCCAGCCCUACAUUUGGGAGUUCGAGUGGCGCACAUCCUACGCCUGCCCGACCGGCGGCGGCGGCGGCGGUGGCGGCGGUGGCGGCGGAGGCAGCUCGGACUCAGGCGGGCUUGCAGGAGGCUGGAUCUUCAUCAUCUGCCUGGUGAGCGUGACGUUUGUGUAUUUCGCCGGCGGACUGGUGGUGCAGAAGUUCUACUUCAAGAGGGAGGGACUUGAGAUCAUCCCCAACAGCCAGUUCUGGUUGGCUCUUCCAGGCCUCGUCAAGGUUCAUUCUUUGCCCCCCCCCCUCUCCCGCACAAAAUGGAACCCUCCACAGUGUUGUAUGUUCGUGUGUUGUUUGUUUCAUAGCAAAAUCUAA